CGCCCCGGCGGCUCCCGCAGCCCCGCCGCCCGCGCCCCGGAGCCGCGCCACAAAGGGCCCGCGCGCAGCCGCCGCCGCCGCCGCUGCGCGAGGAGCCAGGAUGGUCCUGGUCCACGUCGGCUAUCUCGUGCUUCCAGUGUUUGGCUCUGUGCGAAACAGAGGUGCCCCCUUUCAAAGGUCUCAGCAUCCUCACGCUACCUCCUGCCGCCACUUCCACCUGGGCCCCCCGCAGCCGCAGCAGCUAGCCCCGGACUUCCCGCUGGCGCACCCCGUGCAGUCGCAGCCGGGCCUCAGCGCCCACAUGGCCCCGGCCCACCAGCACAGCGGCGCGCUGCACCAGUCGCUGACCCCGCUGCCCACCCUGCAGUUCCAGGACGUCACAGGUCCCUCCUUCCUACCUCAGGCCCUGCACCAGCAAUACCUGCUGCAGCAGCAGCUCCUGGAAGCUCAGCACCGCAGGCUCGUCUCGCAUCCCAGGCGGAGUCAGGAUCGAGUGUCUGUCCACCCCCACCGCCUCCACCCGAGCUUUGACUUUGGCCACCAACUGCAGACACCUCAGCCCCGGUAUCUGGCUGAGGGCACUGACUGGGAUCUCAGUGUGGACGCCGGCUUGAGUCCUGCCCAGUUCCAGGUGCGGCCCAUCCCUCAGCACUAUCAGCAUUACCUAGCAACUCCUCGAAUGCACCACUUCCCCAGGAACUCCUCGUCUACGCAGAUGGUUGUCCAUGAAAUUCGAAACUACCCUUAUCCCCAGCUUCACUUCCUUGCUCUCCAGGGACUAAAUCCUAGCCGACACACCUCUGCUGUUCGCGAGAGCUAUGAGGAGCUGCUGCAGCUCGAGGACAGGUUGGGAAACGUGACCCGAGGAGCUGUUCAGAACACCAUUGAGAGGUUCACCUUCCCCCACAAGUACAAGAAGCGAAGACCCCAGGACAGCAAGGGCAAGAAAGAUGAAGGGGAGGAGUCAGAUGCAGAUGAGAAAUGCACAAUUUGUCUGUCUAUGUUGGAGGAUGGAGAGGACGUGAGACGCCUACCUUGUAUGCAUCUCUUCCACCAACUGUGUGUGGACCAGUGGCUCGCCAUGAGCAAGAAAUGCCCCAUCUGCCGAGUGGACAUUGAGACACAACUGGGAGCCGACAGCUGAAGGAGGAGCUAGCCAGUGGAUGCCCCAUUUCCUUCACCAGGUCCCCCCCACGGCCAUAGCCCUUGCAGCCAAACUUUGCCUUCUGAGCCAUUUGACGUAGAGAAGAAGCCUGCAAGCACAUUUUUUUUUGUGGAAAGAGGAGUUGAUAUCGGUGUUGGAGGGAGAGAAGGGGUAGGGAGGACCCACCCAUCUGGAAUGGUGACUGCCUCAUUGCCUUGCUGUGCAGCGGGGAGGGAGCUGGCUGUGCCCAGAGCAGGGGCGGGAAGGGGGGGCCCAGCUGCUGAGAACUAGAUGUGAUCUUGAGGGUACUAGCUGAAGACCGGCCCCUCAAUCCUGUCCUUUGAAGGAUUGUGUAUAUACCUCUUGACCACGUAGAAAUCAUGUAGGGGUCUCUAGCUAUUCUGUGGACGGCAGCCGGAGCAUGUUAGCUUAAGAAAAAUGUCGUGUGUGGUGCUCUAGUCAUCUGUGGUGGACAUGUCGCUAUUACUGAACUUGCACCAAAUAUUUCUCAUUGAGUUUCUUGUUUUGGUGCCUGACGAACCAACCAACCAACGACAGCCCCAAUCUUCCCGUCUUUAUGAGCAAAAAGAAAAAAAAAAAAAAGGAAAGAAAAAAAAAAAAGAAAGAAAUCAAAGGUGAAAGAAAAAAAAGCCAAAUCCUGUUUACGGUGAAAAAAACAAAGAUGAUAAUUUUUCACCCGGGUUGGGAGGCGGGAGGGGGGGUUUUCGUUUGUUGUUUUUGUUUUUUCCUUGGGCUUUGUUUUUCUCAUGUUUACAGUGCACGGAGUGUAGGUGGGGCAUCUGAGAAGGAGGUGGGGCUUAAAAGGAGCAGAUUGGGUCUCACUGGGUCUCUGAGGCUUUCAGGCAAGGUGAGGAGGGCAGAGCCCUAGCUAGUUGAAGGGGGUCCAUCUCAGUGUGGGCUCCCCAGUCCUAAGGUUCAUUGCUUGGCCCCAGCUGUUUUCCUAGGCUCCAAACUGAGCCAGGGAGGACGCUGCCUCCAGCUCCAGCUGCCCCCAGGUUGCUGGGAGCCAGCAGCUCCCCUGAUCACUCCAGUUCCUAACUUUAGCCUGAGCUCUCAUUUUGCCACAAAGAGGCAAUGAAGCCACUGCCUCCCUAUGCAAAAAAUUAACCAGAUGAUACAGAGAAAACAGCAUUGGCAGUGUGCGCUUGGCCUUGGCCAAAGUGCUCUCAGCUAGCAUGUUUGGGGUGAGGCCAAGUUCACAACCUUGGGAGUAACUUGAGCUUCCUAUAGGAUCCUGCCAUUCAGUCCCUGGGAGAAGGCCCUGGCUGGGAGACCACUGGUGGGAGGCCGAUGGUCUCCCUUAGCCUCAUGGUCCUCUGCUUCAUCUGUGACCUUGCAAAAGUUCCUUUCUUUCUCUGUGCCUCAGUUCCUUCUCCUUCCAGCGGGGAGAAACAACAGUGUGUUCCCAUUCCCCCAUUCCUUCUCCUUCACCUAGAUCUGAGAACUAACACCACUCAGCCCCUCUGGGCUCUACUCUCAUGGAAGCCUCUGAGGGUUUAGUGGCUGGAGCAGGAAAAGGAGACGAAAAGUUCCAGCUGACAUUGUAUUGCAGUAUGCUUUUUGUACUACUCUGUAAUUUUUUUCAGAGAGAUGGGAGGACAGAAUAUUAGAAAAGAUCUGCCAAAUUUUAAUCCAAAGUGUAGCUCUUAAUCAUGUGCAGAAAAUGCUAGGUUGCCUGCCACCCUGUACUGUUCUUCUGUUCCUCGAUCUCCUCCUCCCUCCCUCGUUUGCACUGCUCUUGGAAUCUACCCAGAACCCAAACACUGGCCAAUCUCAGUGCCCUCCUAUGAGUAAGGCCAGGAAAUAGUAUGCAGAUCAGAUAAAUGGAGGGAUUCCACCAAGUUAAGUGAGCUGAGGAAGAAUCAGGAUGAAAAAUGACAGAGGCCGAUUGGACUUAAGAGAGAGAUCCUUCUAGCACAACUGACACCAUCAUGAAGGAAUGGCGCUCUGUCCACUCUCCAGACAAAGGCUACUCCCAGGAUCCAUCUUCUGGCAUCUCAUGAAGUCUCUGCUGAGUGCCUACUGGGGUGAGUGCUGAGGAAGGUGAUCACUAAGUGUUGGCUGGGCUUGGUGGAACUAGGAAAGGAGCAGAGGAGCAGCACGCAUCCAACGUGCUUACGGUGAACAGCGCGGGUCAGCUGUGUUGAGCCCUGUACGACUCUGGUCGCCAUCAUGAACAGUGUCUCCAAGGGCAAAGGCUGGAUACCCAGCAGGUGCGGAAAGAAUGUUCGAGUCAGGAUGUCAGAGAGCUGCUGCUGACAAAAAGCCACAAGAACUGUGACUUUUCUCCUGCUGCUCCCUGAAGGAGAGGAGGACGAUGGUCUUUCUUAGCCUCAUGGUCCUCUGCUUCAUCUGUGACCUUGCGAAAACCAAGAUUUCAUCAGAAGAUGGCUGUGGCUCAGAAGUAGUUGGGGUGGUCGAGGUAGGGCAUUCCUCUCUGAGGCCACUCACUCUCUGUUCCUUUGAGGCUGUCCUGAAAGGCUUGCAGGGAAAGGGAAUUGGUGGAGACCCAGGAGGGAACUGGAACCAAUGUCCCAGGUUCUAGUCCUGGCUCCCCACAGGUGGACUGGAACCUCUCCCCGCACCCGUUGGUCUGCUGGGCCUCAGCUUCUUCAGCUGAGACCCAAUGAGGUUGGAUGAAAUGCUCGAUAACUUUCUCCCAACACACAUCCUGUGGUUCUCCUUAGCGUCAACACAUCUUUCAAGUUGCAGAGCUGUGUGCCAGCCAUGCUGGGGAGAGGCCUCUGUGCCCGAAUAUACCUGCUUCAGAGGCUGAGGCACACAGGCUGAGCAAGAGAGGGCAGGAUGGUUUCUCCUUGCUCCCGUUUGUGCAGGCGCUUUGAAUGUCCCAGGCUAACAUUAGGGCCUGGGCAGGGAAGGGGUUGAUCCUGCCACACACACACACACCCCUUCCCAUCUACCCUGCGCCCUGGUGGUGGGGACUGGAGCAGCACCUAGAGCCCUCCCAGCUCCUGUUUCAGGGCAGCUGAUUGGGUGGAGAAAAGCCAGUGCCUCUGCUAAGUCCCUAGAAGGGUGAAGGAGCCAGAGAAGAGCAGUGACGGAGAGGGCCAGGCCUCAGCAUCUCACAUCCAUCAUCUCCAGGAGAGAGACAUAUGCAGUUCUCCUGCUCAACUCACGGGACUCAGACCCUUUUCUGACAGAGACGCAUGAGUGCCUUUGACAGCGGCCCCAGGUUCGAGUCGGGCCUCCUAACCGCAGCCAUGGCGCAGCAGGCCCACCGAGGACACCAAUCAACACAUCGCCACGAAUCCAGCUGGGCACAGGCAACGGGCAGCUGGGGCUGCACACUCCUCCACCUGGCCAGGACCCCAGGCUCCCCGGUCACCCUCGCCACCACCUGUGACGCCUCAAGCUCCUCUUUGCAAAGGCCCCUAGCCUCCGUGCAAGCAUUCUUAACUCUUUACGCCUAACGAACAAGCACAGUUUUUCAAUGGUGAAGAAAAAAGCACCAGACUUUUUUUCCUGAAGAAAUCCCCCAAGCCCCCCUCCCCCCCUUGCGGGACAAACAUUCCCCUUGUGGGGCUGUAGCAACGUCUGUCAGGUCCCCUUGUGUUUCAUUUCCUGCGCGCGCGUAGAGCAAAUGCUAGAGCGAUUUCAGCUGAUAGAAAAACAAAAAAGAAAAAAAAAACACAAAAAAUAAAAAACAUGGCACGUUGCUAGUUUACAGGGUUUUUGUGAGUUUAAAUGCCUUAUAUUUAACAAUCAUAAUUUAUGACUAACUUGUAGAUACCGUGGGUUCUUAUUUAAUUAUUUUUAUAGUUGUUUUGCAUUUUUAAUUAUAAUUUAUUUAUUUAGAAAGGAUACUAAUGUUUUUUAUUGCUCCUAUUACCUCAUUUUGGCGUCGUUUCUGGGAGUGGAAUGCUUUGCAUGCAUUGGUACGAUGACAACUGCGAAAACACAAACAAAAAAAAAAACCCAUUUUAAAUAAAAGUCUGCGAAACUUUAUUUUGUCCAAACUAUCAGGGUGUGUGAUUGCAAGCUGUCCUACUGUGGUGCUGGCCUCUUUGGAUACAUUCCAUACGAAAUGCAAACCUUUGAUUCUGUAUGCUGUGAUCUAGUGAAAAGCUCCAAUAUAGUGACUGUAUUUAGCACAUAUAUAAAUAUAAUUUGCACUUGUCAGCAGACUGGGGUAAUCCUUUCACUUGCCACCCUUGGCCCCCUCCCCCAGCCCCUUUUCCACCUGAAACCUGCUUUCCAUCUUCCCUCCCCUUCUUACAUUCUCAAGCCCACUCAUCCUCCAUCCCCUGAGGACAGUUUCAGGGCGCUGGAGGUUACUGAGACAUAUCUGGGCUCCCACUCACUAAGGUUCCAGAAUUGGGGUCCUUCGGACGAAUUGAGCAUGAUCUUUUGAUCAGAAAGCCUGCUCCAUUAGGUGGUGGCCAGAAGGCUUGGGUUUCCAGACCAGCCCCACAGCAUCCUCCCUGUGAUCAAGGGAGUCCCUGGACUCCUGAAUGCCUCUUCUGAUAGAGGGAGGCAAGAAGGGUGAUCUCUUGGGUCCUCCUGAUUUAGAAGGAAUAUGUCACAGUCCCAGGGAGACCACAAGGAUGGGUCUCUCAUUUAUCACAGCAGAGAUGGAAGAGGAAAGGAUGGAAGGAAGGCGAGAAGAGAAAUAGAGAGCAGAGGGAGCCAGUUAAGAGUUACCUUAGUGAUCUGGUCAAAGCAGCCACCAGCAGGGUCCUCUUAAAUAUGGCAUCCUGCAGGUGGCAAGGAGGCCAGUUAGGUAAAUAUGUCCUUUCGUAUGAAACGUGGACUUUCUCAAGGUUAGUCGGUCGUUCUGAGACUGAGCUGAGAUCCAUUUCGUAUUACCUGAGAGAGUAGCUGCUAGAACUAGACUAUGGUGUUCUAUGGAUCUCCACUCCCACCCCUAUUUUGUCUGGACAAGAACUUGGGACCCAGAAUUGUAUCAUGCCUUCUCCUCAGCAUUCUCCCUUUGCCUAUGUUCCACAGGGGCUGCAGACAGGGGUUGUAGACAGGGGCUGCUGGGGACUUAGAGAGCUAUGACUUCAGCCUCACUUAUCUGUGUGAGAGUGACAGUGAGAAGGCCUGGAGGAAGUGGGCCCUGGAUUAAGCCUGGGGAGUGGGCUGGACCCCUGGCAUGCUGACCCUCCUCUUUCCUUCUUCUCCUAACUCAUCCCUCCCCCUUUUUGGCUCUUGACAUCACUGCCUUUGCCUGGUGGGUAGCUCCACCCUCCACGGGAGGCCCCAUGGGUUUGCAUAGCUCUGGCACAGAGGAGGGAAUGGAGACCCUGGGUAGCCACACCACCUACCUGUGUGGCUAGACCGGGUGUGGUCCCUCAGCCCCAUCCUUCUGAUGAGGCGUCUUGCUUGCUGCUGCCCAGCUUCUCUUCUGCCUCUGCCCUGGAGCCUUGCUUUUCUCGGAGAUGGCCUGUGGAGUCCCCCACCAUGCUAGUGGAGCACAAUCAGCACACUGCCAGGCCUGGCAGACACUGCCCCCUGCAGGGCUCCGCAUGGGCUACACUGUUGUGUAGGGCCAGAGUAGGACGGGCCCUAUGCUCUGGCUGGCAAUGCCCUACCCUGGAGCCUCCCCACUCAGUGGGAUAAGGUCUUCUCCCGUCAGCUGUGGAGAGGGCCACACUAGGCUCUCCAAGGGGCCGUUUGUUGCCCCUGGUAAGUGAAGGGAUUAUCCCCAGUGUUGAUUGUCCUUUUUUUGUAAUCUUCCUGCUGUUCUGUUCUGUUGUGCUGUGCAACAUUUUGCUACAUAGACUAUUUUAUAGCAGAAAGCUAGAAAAAAUAUUUAUUAUGACUAUUAAAGCAAUAGUGCAUCAAUGAACAGGCGGAGACGUUAGGAAUUGUGUAACUGCUUAGAUUCACUUUGGGUGGAUUUUUUUGUACUUUAUUUAUAACUAAUAAAAAUGAACUGCAUUGCUAACUACA